UGACAGCCAAAAUCCUGCUCUCGGUCUGUUGUUACACCGAGAAGAUCGUCAAGCAGAGUGGGUGGAUGGUUGAUCGUUGGAGAAGACAUCCCGACCCCAAUUAGGAAACCAGCCGACAUCGCCGCGGCGUUACCCCACGAUAGUUUAAAGCAUUUAAAAUGUACGCGGCUCAAUUCGCAAGCCAUACUCCCUCCACGGGGAGUAUCAGCAUUCACGACGGACCUGUAUAUGUCGAGGCCGAUGACUUCGAGGGAGUACACAUCGCAGUCCAUACUCUCGCCGAGGACUUUGCCCGAGUGACAGGGGAAACCCCACCCGAAGUUAUUUCCCGAUUUACCAAAGAGACUACUACAGAAACCGCCGUGAUUGUCGGGAGUUUGACUCGAUCGUCGGUGGUGCGCACGCUCGUCCAGGAGGGGAAGCUGGAUGUCUCUACCAUAGAUGGAAAAUGGGAGUGCUAUACAACUAAGAUUGUGGCCGACCCUAUCCCAGGUGUGAAAAGGGCCCUGGUUAUUGCUGGUAGUGAUAAGAGAGGGACGAUUUAUGGUGUAUAUACCCUCUCUGAACAAAUUGGGGUUUCUCCAUGGUAUUGGUGGGCGGACGCACCGGUUAAAAAGUCAAGCAGUAUCUAUGCACACGAUGUAUCAACCAAAGACGGUCCUCCUAGCGUCAAGUACAGAGGCAUUUUCAUCAACGACGAAGCCCCAGCCUUGUCGGGGUGGUUACACGAGAAGAUAGGCCCUCACUAUAACGUCGAGUUCUACAAGAAGGUCUUUGAACUUCUCUUGCGGCUCAAGGCAAACUUCCUCUGGCCAGCGAUGUGGUUUGGAUAUCCACACCCUGGAAGCAGCUUCUUCAUGGAUGAUGAAUUGAACCAAGAGACUGCAGAUAAGUUUGGAAUUGUGAUGUCCACGUCACAUCAUGAACCCAUGCAGCGGGCUAUGAACGAGUGGUUUGACAAGCCAUACUACGAAGGCGAGGGUACAUGGUCGUGGCUGGAAAACAAGGAUAAGAUCACUCGUUACUUUAACGAGGGCGCUGCACGGUCGAAAGGGCAUGAGAGUUACAUUACGAUGGGAAUGCGUGGCGCUGGUGAUAAUCCGAUGGAUGCUGAGGACCCGACUGCGGUCAUGAGGGAGGUUCUCUCAACUCAGCGUGAUGCCAUUAAUAAUGUUUAUGGAACGGAGGACGGAGUACCUCAGUUGAUGGCGCUGUACAAGGAGGUCCAGGAGCACUAUGAGAAUGGUCUCGAGAUCCCAGACGACAUCACCCUUCUGUUCGCGGAUGAUAAUUUCGGAACUGUCCGCAGGCUCCCCAGUGGUGAUGAGCCCAAGAGGAAGGGGAGGGCCGGGAUUUACUACCACCUCGAGUAUGUCGGCGUUCCCAGGAGCUACAAGUGGAUGAACAGCAAUUCCUGUGCAAAGGUAUGGCAGCAGCUCGAGCAUACGUACAAUCAAGGAGCAGACCAGAUCUGGGUUUUCAAUGUCGGUGAUAUCAAGGCCGUGGAGCUUCCGUUGACCUUUGCCAUGACAUUGGCGUGGAAUAUCAACACGCUGGAGAUGCACGAGCUGCAGUCAUUCUUCCACACCUUCUUUGACCGUAACCUGCACCUAGCAGAUACUGAAGCAAAGAGAUGCUCUGAGCUACUGCUGAAGUACGACCGCUUGGUUGCAUUGAGGAAGCACGAGCACAUCGAGGCAGACACAUUCUCACUGAUCAACUAUGGCGAGGCCGACAAUAUCCUUCACCAAUGGAAGGAAUUAUUAGACCAGGCAGAGGAAGUCCAGAAAUGGAUCCCAGAAUCCACAGCCCCAGCCUACUUCCAACUCGUCCUCCAUCCCAUCAAGGCCAGCUAUAUCUAUGUCGCCCUGCGGGUAACCCAAGCAAAGAACCAGCUAUACGGAGUCCAGCGCCGAAACACCGCAAACCCAUCACUCCAUAAAGUCCUCCACCUAUUCGAUGAAGAUUUCAACCUGAGCGAGGAAUACCACAGUCUCCUCGACGGUAAAUGGAACCAUAUCAUGCGCCAGCCGCACUACGGGUAUACCGAGACCUGGCACGCCCCAUCUCGAGACCUCAUCACCGGCCUAUCCUUCGUACAGGCGCGUCAAGAUUCGAAUCCGAUUGUCGGGUGGAUUGGUAUUGCAGUGGAAGGCCAUCCGGGUGUUCGGCCAGGUCUUACGAAUGAAGAGUCUGAUCGUACUCAUCCAAGUCGGCGGGAUCUUGUGCCUGGGGUUACUUUACCACCACUAGAGCCGUAUGGGCCAAAGACGCGUUCUUUCGAGAUAUACUGCCGUGGAAGCAGGGCUGUGGCCUGGAAGAUUACCUCCCCACAGGAAUGGCUUUCAAUCACUCCGGCUACUGGGACGAUUGAACCCAAAGGAGAUGACAAGCUUGUCAAGGUAUCUGUUGAUUGGGCUAGGGCUCCAGAUAACUUCGACGAUGAAGUACUCCUCGAUCUACGCUCUUCCUUGGGGGACUACGAGCUCAUCCACGUUCCUAUCAAGAAGAGGGUCCCGAGGACAGACUCCAAGGGCUUUGUAGAAGCAGACGCGCAUGUCUCGAUCAACGCAACCUCGUUCCAAAACCAGCCACUGUCCAGCUACCGGAUCUUGCCCUUCAUCGGGCGUGCAUCUACUGGCGCUGUUUCCCUGACUGCAUCCGCCUCUCCCUCGCAUUCAGAAUACUUGGAAUACCCAUUCAUCACGUUCACGCCAAACGCAGCAGCCACCGCUCGCCUAGACUUUACCUUCACGCUGGAUACAAACGCAGACAGCCCUAUUACGUAUGAUAUCCAGCUCGAUGACAAGACCCCGACUACACACCGUCUGGUAUCACCACCUUCAACGCCUGGGGGGUUACCAGAGGGGUGGCGCGAGUCUGUUAUGGAUAACGUGUGGAAGCGGGAGCAUCUGCUUGACCUUGGGACUCCGGGGGCGCAUACGCUGAAGAUCCGACUUGGGGCUCAGAAUUGUGUCUUGGAGAAGAUUGUUGUUGAUCUUGGAGGUGUGCGUGAGAGUUAUCUAGGACCGCCUGAGAGUGUAUUCUGGAGUGAAGUAUGACAAUAACGAACUAUCACUCAAC